GUGUAUGUGUAUGUGCGUGCGUUUGUGUGUGUAUGGUUCUUUAAGUCAAAAAUACCUACCAGACAUUAUUAAAACUUUUGUACAACAAAUUAUACCCGCCUUGUGUUUAUUUAUUGUUUGUUUUUUUAAAGAGCCAGCAGAGUACGCUGAAUUUGCAGCAAAUGUCAGGCGUGGAUCAGAUGAAAAUAUCAGGAAAUACAGCUAAAUCUGUUGAGGAGCGCAAUAUACCAUGGAGCCAACAAGUUGAUGAGGCAUCUUAUGAAAAUCUGCCUUCUCCAAAUAAUGAUGAAAGCUACGCUAAUCAAAGCUCAAUGCAACAAUUCCAAUAUCCGCCAUUCAAUCUAAAGGAAAAUCACAAUUCGUCAUGGAAUAACAUGAGCAAAGGACGCAAGCAAGCUUCGAACUAUGAUGCAAAUAAAAAACAUGGAAAUCCUGGUGCCUACAGCAAUGCCAAACGUGAUGAGUACCAACUAAAUGCGUGGAGUUCUCGAAGAUUGGUUGAAAAAAGUGCUACAACCACAAAUAGGUCAAAUCGAAAUGACGAUAGCCACUCGUCUACCAAAAUGGAACACAAUACAAAUGAUGUGGAUGAAACAAAAAUGCAAGCAGUCUCGUCAGCACCCAAAAAGACAACAUGGGCUUCAAUUGCAUCCCAGCCAGCUAAGUUAGCUUCGAGGACAACAUCGACCGCAUCUAGCCAUAAAAAGAAAGGACCAGGAAUGCCACCACCACCGAUGGUGCCUGGCAAGCACAAUUUAGACGUUAAUGUAUGGGAUUCGCCAAAUAAUAAUCCCCCGCCAGUGCCGUCUCCGCCCUCUCCGAUCGAUUUGGCCAGUUCAGAUGUCCAUUCGGAUUUCUCUAUAGGAGCGCAGAGCAGUGGCGAACCACCAUUGGGCGCACGUACCGAUAAGGAUAAGGUGCACAAUAAACCGCAAGAAUACUUCCCUAAAGAUGACAACAAGGGCUUGAUCAAUAACAGCAACUUUGGCAGAGCAAAGACAUCGCCGAACGGUCAUGCGCGUAAAAAUUGGGGUCCACAGAACCCGGUACAUCACAAUACAGCAAUACGGCAACCGAAUCCAAUUGGAGCUGCGGGUUUGCCCAAUCGGCGACCCGAUAGCGCCAUGCCUCAAGCUCGCUAUAACGAUCGCAGGCCCAAUUACCCCAAUGUCCGUAAUGAUUUUGAGAAUGGCCCCAAAUAUGAACAUCGCGAUGAGAAUAAUUCACGCAGCGUAACAGAAACCGCGCCGAAAGUGGAAGAGUUGACUGUGGAUCCGCAACUUCUGCUGGAAGAACUUAAAGAUAAGAACAAUUACAAUCCCACAGAAAUGGAUUUGGAAAAAGCCACAGCUGCACGAUUUUUUGUAAUCAAAUCGUAUUCGGAAGAUGAUAUUCAUCGGAGUAUAAAAUAUGAGAUUUGGUGUUCAACUGAUCAUGGUAAUAAACGAUUGGACGAUGCUUUUAAGGAUCGCCACAAAGAGGGCGGUAAUAUACUGCUCUUCUUCUCGGUAAAUGGGUCGGGCCACUUUUGCGGCAUGGCACAAAUGAUGACUGCAGUAGAUUAUAAUUCCACAUCCAGCGUUUGGUCGCAAGACAAGUGGAAAGGCAAAUUUAAAGUGAAAUGGAUAUAUGUCAAAGAUGUGCCUAAUGGAAAACUCCGCCAUAUUCGACUUGAAAACAAUGACAAUAAGUCGGUCACAAAUUCGAGAGACACACAAGAAGUGCCUAAUGCAAAGGGCAUAGAAGUGUUGCAAAUACUGCACUCCUAUAAGCAUUCUACGUCCAUUUUUGACGAUUUUUCGCAUUACGAGAAGAAACAAGAGGAGGAAGUUUCCUCAAAGCGACCACCAAUCCAUAUGCAACCCGAAGGCAUUAACUCUUCCCAAGCGCCUAUGAAUCGCAGUUUUAACCGCCAAAACGACGAUAGAGAAAGGGAGCGUGAACCACGAGACAAUCGUGGAAAUAGUAGUGGCAUCGGACAAAAACAUUUUGCUGGUGGCGGUGGCGGGGGAAGCGGUUUUCGCAAUAGGAACAACGCCGGGAGCGGAGGUUUUCACAGCAAUUACAGCGAAUAUCGUCGGGGUUUUGAUGGUCAGCGAAAUAUAAGCAACGAUUACCAGACAAAAGACAGAGAAAACGCAGAAUAUGAUAGGGAGAAUGAGUUUGGAACACGUCAUGGCCCCAAUAAUCGAAGGGACGAUCAUCUGCAUAACCACACAAACAAGACAAGAAUUAACAAUCGCGAACGCGAUUUCAGUACUGAUCAAAUCAAAAGUGAUGUACGCUUCCGGACUGGACUAUGCACAUCUAGGGAUUUGCCAAAAAAUAACGAAAAGGAUAGAAUGCGAAGCAAUGACUAUUAAUAAAGCGACUGAGCUGCAAAUAGAAUUAAUCAAUUGAAUGACGUUAACUGGACAACUCUAAAAAACCUUUAGACUGCUUUUAAAUGGCAUGCUAAGGGUGUUAAAUUCAAGUUUUAGAUUUUUAAAAAAAUACAAAUUGUGUGUACAAGCAGUAAGAACGAUUAAUCCGAAACAUAGAAUUAAGCUGAAAAUUAAACCAACAAGUGGUAAUUAGAAUUAAGUAUUAAAAUACGAUAACAUUUUUACGUAAUUAUUUAUUACUAUAUUUAUAUAUAUAUAAAUCGAUUGACGCUUUCAUUGAACAGUUCAUAAAACAAAAACAAAAACCACAACACAAAAUUAAUGGAUCGAUUUAUCCACCAUGUAUAAUCAAGGGGUUUGCUUCAGUCAUUCCUUGUAGCUGCACUGUAACAAUUUAUAAAAGUUAUUUGAAUUCAUAUAAAGUAUAAACGACUUAUAUGUAUGUAUAAUAUCAUUAAAGUAACCAUUUCAUCAUAUA